UAUCUACUUCGACCUGUAAUUAGUUUUAUUUUUUCGUAAAAUAAACUAAAUUAGCGAGUAUCCUCUAGGUCCGAUUGCAGGUCCUGUUUUUGCACCUAGCCGGGCAUACUUUGCUGCUGGUCUCGCGGGCUUGUGGCGAACGAAACAAGGCCACAUCGAAUAUUCGCGAUGAGUGCCCAGCCUAGCCCCCUCAUGAAUCCGCAGCAGCAGCAGCAACAGCAGACCGAGCAGGAGAAGGUGUACCAAUGGAUCAACGAGCUGGCGCACCCAGACACCCGGGAGACGGCCCUGCUGGAGCUGAGCAAGAAGCGUGAGACCGACUUGGCUCCUAUGCUGUGGAACAGCUUUGGGACAGCCUGUGCCUUGCUGCAAGAGAUUGUCAACAUUUAUCCGUCGAUAACUCCGCCGACGCUGACGGCGCAUCAGUCGAACCGCGUAUGCAAUGCUCUGGCCCUGCUGCAGUGCGUCGCUUCGCACCCGGAGACGCGCACGGCCUUCCUGCAGGCGCAGAUACCGCUCUACCUGUAUCCUUUCUUGUCGACCACCUCCAAGACCAGACCCUUCGAGUACCUGCGCCUCACCAGCCUGGGCGUGAUUGGCGCGCUGGUCAAGACGGACGAGCAGGAGGUGAUCACGUUCUUACUGACCACGGAAAUCGUGCCCCUCUGCCUUAGUAUCAUGGACAGCGGCUCGGAGCUGAGCAAGACCGUGGCCACAUUCAUAAUCCAGAAGAUAUUGCUUGACGAAUCGGGUUUGUCGUACAUUUGCCAGACCUACGAACGGUUCUCGCAUGUGGCCAUCACCCUGGGAAAAAUGGUUAUCCAACUGUCGAAGGACCCAUGCGCUCGCCUGUUGAAGCAUGUUGUCCGUUGCUAUCUGCGCCUCUCGGAUAAUACUCGCGCCCGGAAAGCCCUGGGACAGUGUUUGCCCGAUCAGUUGCGUGACGGCACCUUUGCCUUAUGCCUGCAGGACGACAAGUCCACGAAACAAUGGCUGCAGAUGCUCCUAAAGAACCUGGAACUGGGCGCCACACCGCAGCAGAUUGGCAUGUCGCCGCUUGGCUCCUAAAUCACUGCCACACUCUCAUUCACGCGCUCGCUAUAAUUCUGCCAAAGCUUUCUGGCAGAACCGAAAUUGUACAAGAAAGGAAGCAAACUUUGGCACGCCGAAGUUUUUAUACCCUUGCAGAUA